CUUCCACUUCCCUCAUCAUCCUCUCUCCACUCCCUGUUUUGAACCUUGCGUCUCUCCACGCCUCUACUCUUGAUUCUCCCUCCUUCCUCUUCUUCUCCUCUCCCGUCGUUUUCUACCCUCUGAGGACAGCAGGAUGGAGGACAGCGUGUGGACUGUGUGCUUUCUUGUCAUUCUGACCCUGGGAUGGACUAACGCUCAGAGUCACAACAACUUCACCAGGCCCAUCUUCCACUGUGGAGGCCACCUGGUCACGGACACAGGCAUCGUGGCCAGUGAAGGAUUCCCCAGUCACUACAAACCCAACAGUAAAUGCACCUGGUACAUCACUGUUCCAGAGGGCCACGUGGUCAUGCUGGCUUUCCGCCUCUUCGACAUGGAGGCUGACCCCACCUGUCGGUACGACUACCUGGAUGUCUACAAUGGUCACACCCGCUUGGUGCAGAAGCUGGGUCGUUUCUGUGGGACGUUCCGGCCUGGAGCCCUCAUCUCCACCUCCAACACCAUGAUGUUAGACAUGGUGUCAGACGAUGCUACUGGAGGAAGAGGCUUUCUCGCUUCCUUUAGCGCAGGGAAGCCACAUGUGGAAGAGAAUCAGUUCUGUGGAGGACGUCUGACCAAAUCGCAGGGCUCUGUCAAGACGCCCAACUGGCCCAACUCUAAUUACCCAGCAGGCAUCAGCUGCUCCUGGCACAUCUCUGUAGAACCAAGCAAUGUGAUCGAGGUGAAGUUUGUGAAGCUGGACUUGGAGGCUGACAUGUACUGUCGCUACGACUAUGUGGCAUUAUUCAAUGGGGGAGAGAGGGAUAACUCGCGGCGGAUCGGUAAAUUCUGCGGAGAUAGGUCACCAGGAACAAUAGUGACAAACGGGAACGAGCUCCUUGUCCAGUUCAUCUCUGACCUCAGCGUAACGUCAGAUGGCUUCAUGGCCCACUAUUCCAGUGUGCCCCGUGGGUCUCGAACGCCCACCGUCGGGGGAGACUUCAUCUUUCGACCUGAGACAACCUCAGCGCCACAAAGAACAGUUGUGAAGCCAAGCAAACCCACCAAACCAACCCCCAAACCUAGGCCUGGCCUCCAGCCUAAACCCACCCCAAAACCGUCCAAAAGGCCAUUGGUGAAGAAACCGCUGAAACCUCCACCACGCAAACCUAUCGUCAAGCCUACAGUCAAGCCCACGGCUAAACCCAAACCAGCUAAACCUACACCUAAAGCACCUGUGAAAAAGCCUACACCUAAACCUGGAACUAAACCUACACACAAACCUAAGAUUAUUAAGCCAACGCUCAAACCUUUCUUAAAGCCUAAACCCACCCGUAAGCCUGCACUGAAGACCAAGCCCACCUUAAAACCUGGUGUCAAACCGGUAAAGCCACCCUCCAAGAGUGGAGUUAAACCAACACCCAAACCCAAGAUUAAGCCUAAGGUGACACCUAAACCUGGAGUUAGCAAGACAGUGACGAAGAAGCCUUUUGUGAGCAAGAAACCUUUACCACUGAACCCACUGUGUGUACAAGCCUGUAAGAGGACAGGAACUCUCCAAUCCAGCUUCUGCCUUCAUGACUUUGUGAUUACGGGUAGGGUUACAUCUGUAACCACUGGUCCAAGGGGCUCAGCGACAGUUGAGGUAUCCAUAAUUAAGGCCUAUAAGGCAGGACAACUGAACAUCACCAAAUCGGGGCCGAUCAUGUCAGUCACAUUGACCUCGACCUGCAAGAGAUGUCCUGGGCUACUCAAAGGCCGGAAUUACGUGUUGAUGGGAAAUGUCGACGCACAGGGCAACGGCCUUCUCAGCCCCUCCAGCUUCACUCUCCUCUAUAAGCCCAUCCACGCCAAACCACUGGCCAACCUCUCAAGCAAAUCAUGUUAACAUUACUAUCUGUCUGAAAACAUGAAACUUAACAUAUAGAGUGGAAAUAUUAUUCAAACCUAAUUUUUCACACAGUGCAUUACUGUCUUGAAAAUUAUUUAAUAGAAUAAUCCUACAUCAUUAAGUAUGAUAUUUUGUAUUUUGUAUGUAAAUUGGAAUAUUUUCUAUGAUAAAACAUUCACAUCAAUAACCAUGAUUUUAAUAUUUCUUUCUUGGUAUUUUCCAUUAAGUAUGACAUGAAAAACAAAUGUAUAUCAGACACAGAUCAAAACACAGAUUAAGUACAGUAUGUUGUCAUUAAAUUCACAAACAACCCUGAAUUACUCUGUAGGUUUGUUGUCUUUUAGUUCAAUCCAACUUUAUUUAUCCCCCCCAAGGGCUUGGCAUUAUCCUCAUCAUCAUCAUCAUCAUCAUCACCACCAUCAGUCUUGCUUUGAAUCAUAUCCUAAAUAUUAAGAAAGAGAAAGCCAACUUAUGAAUCAGGUUGUAUUUUUUAUCUUUUCUGCUGGAAAAUAAAUGCACCUUGCAGAUAUAAGUUCCCCUUCCCCCCGAUUACAGUCUUUGUGCUAAACUAAGCUAAGCUAACAAACUGCUAGUUAUUGCUUCAUUUUAACAGUACAGACAUGAGAAUAUUGUCAUUCUUCUCAUCAAACUCUUGGCAAUAUAAUAAAUAGGCAAGUAGGAGAAUAGAAAUGUGUUUUCACAUUGUAAAAAAAGAGACCAUGUGGUUUGUUGACCAGUAUCUCAUGUCUCUGUCUGGUAUCUGAGUGUUUGUUCAGCCAGGCAUUGCCCUUCAAGAGUUAACAGGUUUAUAUCUCUUUUGCUAAGUCCCAUGCAUAUCAUAUCUCUGCUUUUUUUGCUUUGCCUAUUUUUUAGUUGUUUUUGCAUCCUGUUUUUGUUCUUUUGCUGCAACUGUUUUGCUUUGUCUGUUGGUAUUACUGCUUGUGUAUGCUAUCUUGUUUAUGAUAUGAUUCUUCGUGUAUGCUUCUUGUGUGCUAGUAUGUCAUGUGGUGGAUGUGUUGGAAAUGUUUAGAUGUGUCUUUUUAAUUUCUUUUUUAGCCCCUACCCCUCUCCCUCAAGACGCUUUGUCUUUGGUCAGGCUGCCAUUGUAAAUAAGAAUGUGUUCUUCAAUUUGUUAGUAAAUAAAAAAUAAAAGGCAAA